AUGUUCAACAUCUCGCACACAGCCCUUCGCAUGGCUAGGGGAUUUCCCGGGUGGGCUCCCUUCUAUCCCAAGGGAACGCAGAGAGUCCGUGAAACCGAAGAUUCAGAGUCUUCUUCUUAUUCCUCGGAGAAUACCAAUAUGGCUUACGGAUAUCUACCAGACAUAGGCUACUGUGAGUCUACCUGGACUCCUCAGCAGACAGCUGAUUCAGAUGACGAGGAAGGGGACAAAGAAGAAGACAACGGCUCGGUCCAGUCCGUCAAUUACUCUCCUUCUCCUGGACUGGAGCAGCCUGAAUUCGGCCCUUUAUCACUUUCCUCCCUCUCACUUCCGCAUAGUCCAACUUACUCGAGCUCGCUGUAUUCCCUAUCCUCCUCUGAAGCAUCUAACGGCAACAAUAACAAUAUAGACUUUAAGCUAGAAGACGAGGAGGAAAACGGAGAUAAAGACUCGAUCAUAUAUCCUAGCAUCGAAACAGAUGAUCCAACAGAGCCGCCGACUACCCAGCCAGAGAUAGACUCGGAUGAUACCCUUACUGAUCCGGACGGAGAGGACUCGGCAUCUAUAACCGGUGGCAGUGACGAUAGUGUACGACGCACCAAUAGGCCUGUCAACCAUCAGUUCUUCUACCUUCAUCAUCGAGUGACUAAACGAACUGGCACUGGUAGUGUUGUGCCGGAGGGUAGCAAGCGUAUUAAGGUUGAGGAGCCGGAAGUAGAAUAA